UCUUCCAGUCUUGUUCUCUGUCAUUCAGUCCCACUGACAGCAGUGCUGAAGGUCCGUAUGCGGUUCAGAUGGUUCUGGAGGAUUUUCCCAGACAGAACAUCACUCUGACUAACGGCUAUACUGGUGUACAGUCAGUGAUAACACCCAGCGAUCCCAUGUACCAGAACCCCCUCCAGUUUGUUUUCAGAGUGGAUCCUGCAGCUCCGUCCUGCACAGCAGGUGAAUAUCUGCCCAGGUUUCUGCCUCCAACUCCUGAACAUGGAGCUCAGAUGUCAACCAAUGACAGCGAGACUCUGGAAAUCAUUAUCAGAGCAGAAGCAACCCAGGCUGAGACCACUGAGCUCCUGUUCAGCGGACCGGCUGGUUCAUCCAAGAGUUCAUCAGGAUCAGGAAACUUCAGGCUGACAUGGACACCAAUUGACAGUGACAAAGGACUGAACAAAACUCUCUGCUUUGUUGUCCAAGCAAACUCCUCUGGCUCUGUAUACCAGUCUGACCUUCGGUGCGUCUUUGUGACAGCUGGAGAAAGUCCACCAACUGUUUCCCCUCCGACUGUAGCUGCUACCACGAUUACACCCAGCAUGACAACCACACCUCUAUUCACAACUACAACUCCACCAACUACACCUCCACCAGCUACACCUCCACCAGCUACACCUUCAUUGUCCAGCUCAGACUCAACACCAGACCCAGGACGAUAUUAUGUUUUGGCUCUGAAUUUAAUUAUCUCUGCUCCACUGACGUUGAUUUUAUGUCAAUAG